GCUGAGGAGAUGCAACUUGGACACUUAUCAGUGUCCGAUCUGCACAAAAAAGGGGAGCUAUGCAAAGCUUGUGGCUCAUCUGCAGGGACACCAAAGGUCAAUGGUGGAGUACGGUGGAAAGGGCCCAACAAGCCCAACAGAAGUGACGCGAGGCAUGUUGUCUGUUAACCAGUGUAAUCACAGAGGAUCAGGGCAUGUUGCAACACCUUAAAAACAUCAUCACAGGCAACACGGUGUCUCCUUGGGCCAAGAAACAGGACAGGGUCAUCCUUCUUUUUGAAGAUGAUGAACAAGUGGACAAAGUCAUGCACUUCUUGUCUGAAGUACUCGAACGUACUGAGACAGACAAGAAGUCUGCAGAUCCAGUGGCAUUCGUAAUGGAUGUACUUUUGCCAGAGGCAACAGUAUACGCCCUCAGAGCUGUUUACUCCAUCUCCCUGGACAAAGCCAAGGAGAUGUACAUGCGUGGCACAGAGUUUGACUCAAGGUAAGCCGGAUAGUUUAGGAAACUGUUAAUCCAAUUUUCAGUUUAUAUCUUAUUAUGUAUUUGAGUGUCUUUAACGACUUAAUUAUUUUGCUAUAUCAUUUUGUCUUGUCAGCGACAUAACCCAGCUUGGGGAACAGCUUCAGAGCCACAUUUCCUCAAAAGCGAGGCAGAAACUGGAUAGCUUCCUGAGCAAUUACAAGAAAGCCUUGGAGUGUGAGGAAUUCCUCAGGCGCCUGUAAUCCCUGGGUAGUGAAUGUGUCUGCUGGAUAGUCUGUUGUGUAUAAAAUAAAGAAAAUAUAUCAUUCA